ACUCCACGCACAGCUCUUUAUAUCGUGUCUUUAAGCACGCUUGGCAGCUUUGAGCUACAAAGACGCCACGAGCGGAAAUGUGUAAUGGCGUCCCUUUACAACCAAACAAUGCUUCUUUACCUAGUCGUUACCGUUGCACUAUCUUCAGUUUUCGCAGAGCAUGUCUUGGACAAGGACAAAAUCGACUGUUAUCCAGAGAUUGGAAACCAAACUCUCUGCGAGGCGCGGGGGUGUACAUGGGAGGAAUCACGAUCAAAGGGUGUUCCUUGGUGUUUUUUCCCUCAGUCAUAUCAAGGUGGAUAUAAGAUAGAUGGAGAGGUUCGAGAAACCCAACUAGGAUACCAAGCCACUCUUAAAAGACGUUCCAGCACCACAAUCUAUGGGGACGACAUCGACGAGGUUGUACUUGAUGUAGAGUUUCAAACAGACGACCGCGUCAGAUUUAAGCUCUACGACGCCAAGAAAAAAAGAUAUGAAGUACCAGUCCCCAUAACAAGUACGACAUCAAAGGCUUCAAAUGCAAAUUAUAGAGCUGAGUUCCAGAGGGAUCCUUUCUCCCUGAAAAUACUGCGAAAAGACAACGAUGUAGUCAUAUGGGACUCGUCCGUUGGCGUGCUUAUAUUUGAGGACCAGUAUAUACAGAUCUCCAAUAAACCCCCUUCUUUAUUUGUGUACGGGUUUGGUGAACAGGAACAUAAGUCAUUCAAACAUAACCUUUCAGCUUGGGAGGUGCUUCCCAUCUUCACAAGAGACCAAUUUCCAUUUAGUGGUGGAAAUUUGUAUGGCCACCAUCCUUUUUACACUUGUAUGGAAACCGAUGGCAAAUCUCACGGGGUUUUUCUAAUGAAUAGUAACGCGAUGGAUGUCGCCCUACAGCCAAAACCAGCCAUAACCUAUCGUACUAUUGGAGGAAUUCUGGAUUUCUACAUAUUUCUCGGUCCUUCGCCUGAGGACGUCAUUAAACAAUAUACUGAGGCUAUAGGUCGUACAUUUUUGCCGCCAUAUUGGUCGCUAGGAUUCCAGCUAUCUCGUUGGGGAUAUAACAAGAUUGAAACGGUAAAGAAUCUAGUGGGGAACAUGACUGAACAAAAUCUACCUCAGGAUGUGCAGUACGGCGAUAUUGACUAUAUGAUCCGACACAAAGACUUUACGUAUGAUCCAGUCAGCUUCAAAGGGUUGCCUGAAUUUGUUCGCUCAAUCAAGAACGAUGGCUUGCGAUACAUCAUCAUCCUGGAUCCAGCUAUUGGAGCCAAUGACACCGACUAUCGUCCUUACGACCUAGGAAACGAACUGAAUGUGUUCAUCAAAGAUGGAGAUUCUGGAAAAAACCUGUUUGGGAAGGUGUGGCCGACGUUUGAAAACAUCACAAUGAACGACAGCCUCCCGUGGGAUGAAAAAACGAGGCUUUACAGACAAUUUGCCGCAUUUCCAGACUAUUUCCAUCCAAACAUUAGUAAAUACUGGAAGAAUCUCAUUAAAGACUUUCACAAGAUCAUCGAAUUUGACGGAUUGUGGAUUGAUAUGAACGAGCCGGCAAACUUUGUUGCUGGAAGAGUGGGUGGAUGUAGUAAAAACAAGUGGGAUUAUCCCCCUUACAAACCAAGGAUUAUUGGGGACAUCAUGGCAGACAAGACAGUGUGCAUGAAUGCGAAACAACACAAUGAUCUACACUAUAAUGUUCACAGCUUGUAUGGAUGGAGUCAGACAUUGGUUACUCUGGAUGCGGCUAGGGAAAGUACAGGAAAGCGAAGUAUCGUGAUCUCGAGAUCAACUUUCGCCAGCAGUGGAAAAUAUGCUGGUCAUUGGCUUGGAGACAACAAGGCAUCAUGGGACCAGCUCCAUACAUCGAUUAUUGGGAUGUUAGAGUUCAACCUGUUUGGUAUUCCUUACAUUGGGGCCGAUGUUUGCGGAUUCUUUGAUCACCCGACAAGUGAGAUGUGCCUUCGCUGGACUCAACUUGGAGCUUUUUACCCUUUCUUUAGAAAUCACAAUGGCUUUGGAAAUAAGGCUCAAGAUCCAACAGCAUUUGGCGACGAAUUCGCAAGUAACGCUCGUAAAGUUCUCCGCACACGUUACAGAUUGUUGCCGUUCCUGUAUACACUGUUCUAUGAAGCACACAUGGAGGGCUCCACUGUAGUGCGGCCUGUAAUGCACGAGUUCGCAGAUGACAAAGAAACUUGGGGCAUUGACCGGCAAUUUUUGUGGGGACCGUCGCUACUUAUAUCACCGGUUUUAGAUGAGGGUAAGACCACUGUUGAUGCAUAUUUUCCUGACGAUCGAUGGUAUGACUAUAACACAGGCAAGGAGAUGAGCAUCCGUAAAAGUCACGUGACUUUGGACGCCCCUAUUGAUCACGUUCCUCUUCAUGUUCGAGGCGGCCACAUCAUUCCGACGCAGGAACCAGCCAUCAACACGGCUUUAAGUCGUCAGAAUCCAUUGGGCCUGAUUGUAGCGUUCGGAGACGAUGGAAUUGCUUCAGGACAGCUCUUCUGGGACGAUGGGGAAUCCAUUGACACCGUGGAAAGUAAUGAAUACCUACUAAUAAAGUUCUCCAGCCAAGAGUCUGGGAUGAAAUUCUCUGUUGAGAAGAAUGGUUUUGUCGCACCGGACCUCCCUAAAUGGGGCUCAGUGGAUGUGUAUGGACUCUCUGCAGGCAUUCUUGUCUCACUCAGUGUCAACGGGGAGGACAUGAAAGAGAAAGCAACCUACGACAUUAAUUAUAAGGUCUUGAAAAUCACGGGUCUGUCACUCGACGUAAAUAAAGACCACACCAUCGACUGGGAAUUCGAGCCUAACCCUAAGGCAGCCGUAAGAAAAAUUGAGCCCUAUAUCACCGCUGUAGUUGUUCUUCUGUUGGUUGUAUUUAUAAGCUGCAGUUAUUGAACAGGGAUUCAUGAGGCUCUGAGCUGUUCCACUGUAUAAACUGUGUAACCAUUCAGGAUUCGAUCCCAAGUGCCUCUGGAUGGUUCCUAUCCUAAACAGAAACUGCCUGAGACAGCACGGGACUUUAGUUGCUUAGUUUACUGCGGAGUAAUACAUGUUCUACAUUUACAUUGUGUAAGGAUCGGUCAGUUGGAAAAGCAAGCUGGCAAAAGUAUGUCCGUGUUGUGUUUUAGUUCUGUCUAUUUUAUAACCGCAUGGCACAAAUGCAAUGCUCAGUAAGAAUCGCCCUUUUUUUUUUGUUUGACAACCAACGAUACCUCUGCCCGCGCGUAUUUCAUUUUUGGUAAUACCUCAAUGAUUCAUCGGGGAUUUGAGGACAUCAGUGGGCGCUCAGUACUGUCAAUUGCAGUUUUAUUCCAGUCGGUCACAUGUUGAUUCAGCUAAUAGAAACUCUCAUUAAGAAAGGUGAAUCCCACCCUCCUCCCCUCAAAAAAUAACAACGUCUCUUAUUGUUACUGACCGUCCGUCAGGGAAGGUUUUCAACCAAACUCCUUCACUGGAUUCUAAAAAAAAGAUUAAAUGAUAACCAUGAAUGGUUAACUCAUUCGCUGCA